AUGUCAAGAAUUAAUCAGUACUUAUUAUGGUUUGCUAACGAAAAUUGUGAUUUUAGACUUCCCGAGAUUCAAUCGAUUAUACAAUUGUACAAUAUUUCUGUUAAAUGGAUUGAAGGACCCAAUGACAGCCCAUUUUGGGUAGUAGAAUUGUCAUACGAAGAUGCUUGUACAAUUGCAAGUCGUUCGGUAUUACUUCGAAGCGUUAUCAAAUUAUGGGGAUUUGGAAAAACUACCGACGAAUUACACGACAGUAUAAAAAAUUAUCCAUCCGAAUUAAUUAGUUCAAAACUUAAAAGUGAUUUAUCAUUUUGUGUCAAUGUGGAAACAUUUGGUAAAACAUUUACUAUGAAAGAAAAAGUUGAUAAAAUUGAACUUUUUAAUUAUUUGCCAGCUCAGGGACCAGUUAAACUUAAUAAUCCAGAUGUGACACUUUAUUAUAUUGAAUAUUACGGUUUGGAUCCGAGCAAUCCACCCGAAAAUCCUUAUAAUUUUUAUUUCGGACAUUGGGUUUGCGACGGACAAAGAAGUUUAAUUAGUGAUUAUUCUUUAAAAAAAAGAAAAUUCAUUGGAAAUACUUCUAUGGAUCCCCAACUUUCGCUUAUUAUGGCAAAUCAAGCAUUAAUCAAAUCCGGAGACAUUGUUAUGGAUCCAUUUGUCGGGUCAGGGUCUCUAUUAGUUGCUGCCGCUCAUUUUGGUGCCUACGUUUUGGGAGUAGAUAUUGACUUUUUAAUGUUACACGGAAAAAGUAGGCCGACCAGAAUACAAAAUAGGUCGAAACCCAGAGGUGAAGAUGAAUCCAUUUAUCAUAACAUGAAACAAUAUGGUAAAGAUAGUCAAUAUUUAGAUGUUAUUGUUGGAGAUUCAUCGUUGCCAUUUUGGCACAGUAGGUUACAAUUGGAUAGUAUUAUAACAGAUCCUCCCUAUGGAAUAAGAGAAGCCACUGAAAGAAUAGGAUCUACAAAAAAUUAUAAAAUAAGCGAAGAUCAUUUGCAAGGUCACAUACCAUCGAAAAUCGAUUACAGUCUCACAGAUAUUUAUACAGAUUUGCUCAACUUUGGAGCGAAACAUUUAAAAUUAAAUGGUCGAUUGGUAUCAUGGAUUCCAUGUCAUAAUUCUGAUUAUUAUUCUUCUACCAUACCGCAACAUCCAUGUUUUAAAUUAGUUUCAAAUUCUCAACAGCCACUAACGAAACAAACGAGUCGAAAAUUGGUCACAUGGGAAAAAGUGAAAGAAGUGAAAAGUGGCGAAGGCAGUUUGGUCGUGAAACAAUUUUCAGGUGGAUUUAGAGAUUAUUAUUUCAAUCGUGAAGAAACUAGAAAACAAAGGAAAGCUAGAUUAGCUAGAGAAUAUAAAGAAAAAAAUUUAGACAAAUAUUUAUUGAAAGAAAAAAACAAUUUUUGA